UGCCGCCUCCGCCUCCGCUGCGCUCCGGGACCGGCGGAGCGGGGCCGGGCCGGGCCGGUUCGCAGCUCGGGCUGAACGAGGAGCCGCCUCCGCUCCGGCCUGGCCCUCAGCCUGUGCCUACACCCGGUGAGACCCCGGGACUGGAGGCUGCCCGCAGCGAGCCUGGGGGGUCCCUGGGGCUCGAGGUCAGAUGUUUCCAUCGGUCGUGAAGAAGAAAAGCGGAGUUGGAAGCUGCUAAGUGCUGAUCUGCUUGUGCUCCGGACCAUGGACUCAUUGAGGGUGCCCCAGGUGUGAAAAUGUCCAGCAGUAACCGAGAGUUAGUGAUUGACUUUGUUUCCUACAAGCUCUCGCAGAAGGGAUACAGCUGGAGUCAGCUGGAGGAGGAGGAUGAGAACAGGACUGACUUUGCGGCAGAGGAGGCCGAGAUGGAUGGUGUCCUCAACGGGAGCCCCUCCUGGCACCCUCCCCCCAGCCACGUAGUGAACGGAGCCGCCGUGCACCGGAGCAGCCUGGAAGUCCGCGAGAUGGCCCGAGCAGCCGACGUGAGGCAGGCGCUGCGGGAGGCGGGGGAUGAGUUUGAGCUGAGGUACCGACGAGCCUUCAGCGACCUCACCUCCCAGCUCCACAUCACCCUGGGCACGGCCUACCAGAGCUUCGAGCAGGUGGUGAACGAACUGUUCCGCGAUGGGGUGAACUGGGGCCGCAUCGUGGCCUUCUUCUCCUUCGGGGGAGCCCUGUGCGUGGAGAGCGUCGACAAGGAGAUGCGAGUCCUGGUGGGACGCAUUGUGUCCUGGAUGACCACCUACCUGACCGACCACCUAGAUCCCUGGAUCCAGGAGAAUGGCGGAUGGGAGCGGUUUGUGGACCUGUAUGGGAACGAUGCUGCUGCCGAGGUGAGGAAGGGCCAGGAGACCUUCAACAAGUGGCUCCUGACCGGGGCGACGGUGGCGGGAGUGCUCCUGCUGGGAUCCCUGCUGAGCCGCAAGUGACCCCGCCAGCCCCCCCGCCGGGACGGCCGCGCUCUCACCCACCGCCACUACACUCCGCACCGGCGCGGGGGGGACACGGCCCCUCCGGCCCCCCGGCCCAGCGCCCCGCUCCACGGAGCUGCCUCCUUCGUGCCGCCAGCCCCUUUCCCCAUAACCCCCCCCCCCGCGUUGCCCCUUACCGUGUGUUUCAAAGGCUCUGAGGCUGAUGCAGCACUUCAGCCAAUGUCUCCUGGCGCUUUGGGGGGUGCAGGCGGCCGGGGGGAGCGCUGGCUAGAAGGUGUCGCAGCCCCGCAGGGUCCUUAGGUCACUUUGAAAAGAAUAAACAGACUUAUUUUUGCAUGUGUGAGUGCGUGCGUGUGUGUAGAUGUGUCACUAAUAUAAGGUUCCCCAGCCAGAGCAAGGGUCCAGGCUCCGUGUCCCCGUCCCUGCAGAGGGAUGGGGUGUCCCUGUGGCAUCCCUGUCCUGUCCCUGCUUCCUUCUGGGCAGAGCUCAUCCCUGUGGAGGAAGACAGGGGCCAGGAUGCCCUCAUGUCACCCCCUCGAGCCCCUUUGUCCCAGAACAGCAGCCGCUGGGAGCUGAGGCUGGUCUCAAGGCGGGGGGUGAUGAUGUGUCAGGCCCAGGGCUGGGCCCAAUUUGAAGGGAUCUUCCUCCUCCUCUUCCUCCUCCUCCCUCUGAAUGUAGAUUGCAGAUUCCUUCCCCCUCUGUGCACCACUCCAGGCAGGAAAGGAGGGAGGCAAACGAGGGGGGGUGAGUUUUCCCCAGCCCCCCCACCCUGCUACAAGGGGCUCUUGCGGGGAGCCGGGGGGGGUGUCCAGCAACGGGAACAGAGCUGGGGGGUGGAAGGAGCAGGGGGGAGCGAUGGGUGCUCCUGCCAGUCCCAGGGAAAGGCAGAGCAGACCCUUCAUGGCCAAUCCAUGGAGCCAGAGCCCCGGGAAGGCCAAAGUGAGGGCUGGCACUGUCCCCACCACCAGGACACCCCUUUGGGGACAACGGGAGCCACUGACCCCUCCUGUCCUGCCCGUCCCCGUAGCACAGGCAGAUCCCUGUCCCCGUGGCGUGGCUGUGACGGGUGCGUGCAGUGGCAGAGGUGUCUGGCUUCCCCUUCCCGUGCCGCCGGAGUGCGGGACCUCCGGGCUUUGAGCUGAAAUUAGCUUCCAAAAUAACCCCUCAUCCUUCAGAGCCCACCCCAGCUGCCCCCCCAAAACCUCCACCCCCCCGCGGGUUUGGCCGUGCCUACACGCACCCCCCCGCGCUCUGCUGUACAUAUCCGAGUAGUUUUUAAUUCCUUUUUUUUUUUUUUUGUGAAUAAUCUUAAUGCUAUUUUUGUUAUCUUGUCUGUCCGUAUUUAUGUGUGGGACCGUGCUCCCUGCAGAGGCCAAGGUGGGCAGGUGGCGGAGGAGGGGAGGGGUCCCGGGGGGUCUCAUCUGGCCACCGAGCAGGGACUCGCGUUCGCAGAGAAGGCGAGGAUUUAGCGUUAGCCCCUGGAACGCUUGGGUUUGCAGGUGGAGGUGAGUCCACUAAUAAACUCUUGUCAUUGAA